AUGUUUUUAAGAGACAAAGCCUUUUAUAUUGUAUCAAAAAAGACGGGCCUCGUCCUUAGCACAAAUGGAUAUACUGAGGAGGGUAGUAAGAUUACUGUUCAAAAUAAGACAGGCGAGGAACAUGAGCUAUGGCAAUUUGAGAACGGGUUCUUGAUCAACAAGUCAUCAUCUUUAGUUUUAGACAUCGUUGGAGGCGAUCUCAGGGUUGGACAAAAGGUUAACUUGUGGGGUCGUAAAAAAACAAUGGCACAUAACCAAAGAUGGGGAAUUCGUGACGGCUACAUUUAUGCUGUAGCUGAUCCAAGACUUGUAUUGGACCUUGAGGGAGACUGUGAAGACGAAGGCACUUAUAUCGUCACAAAUGGUCGUCGAGUAGGGAAUCAUGAUCUUCAACAAUGGACAUUGAUACCUUUUGCAGAAGAAGAAGAAUAA